AUGAGAGAGACUCUCCUCAGGAGAUACAGCCGAGGCAAGAUCAUAGAUCUCUGGCCCUAUCCCAAUCCCCGACCACCAUACGGCAGUCCCAACUUUCCGCGUCUGGAGCCCAGCUCAUACGAUGCUGAGCCGGAGCUUAAUGAUGAGUUUCGAAUCAUCGUCCAGGUCGAGGACCACAUCGCAGUCGCCGCUGACCGCGGGAGCCAAAUCGUACUGGCCAGAGUCGUGCACCUGGGAAAACGUCGCCAUCCCGACAUGAGAUGCGAGGGAAUGCCGUUGCCGUCCCGCCCGAAGCCCGAUUACCCAGUCCAUACGGACGAUCUCAUCGCCCUCAACUUUUUCGACCACGCCUUCUUCAAAGGCUCGCCAUCGAUGUCACCCGCUCAGAGGGCCGAUUCCUGCUUCGCCCGCCAAGCCUACCCGCUCAGAUACCUGUACGAAGCCGGAGGGAAGAGAUCGCCCCCGGGCCACAAAGGCGACUUCGAGAAGCUCACGGGUGGUCGCUGCAUCGUUCCCGAGUUCUACGGCACGUGGGCCACCUUUGUCGACGACGGGGCUGGCCAGCGGAGAUUCGUCUCCGUCGUUGCUACCGAGUACAUCCAGGGCAAGUCCAUCGCCGACAUGUGCGAUGAGCUUUCCUAUGUCUCAGACAAUUACCUGAUUCCUCGCCCGCGAGCUUUCUUCCCGAGAUUUCGAAGCGAUGAAGCUGCGACACUGCGCCUGCACGAGGGUACACGGCUGGCCAUCCUGCAGGACGUCAUCCGUCAACUGGCUAAUCACAUUCAUCUGGGCGUCAAAUACAACAACAUGCCUCUCAGCGCCUCCGACAUUGUCGUCACCAUGUACGACAAGAACGGACAACUUCUGGACAAACCCCGCGCCGUGCUGUUCAAGCUCACCAACUACGAGGUAUGGGAGACGACGCAAGACCACCUGGACUCGCUAGAAAAGUUCGGUAUUGAUAGCCCCAACCACGGCCGCGACACCCUGGAGAUCACGUCUCGGCCGAUACACCCGUACGAAAUGUUCUGCGCCUAUUCGGUAGUUGAGCUUGCUGGGUGGUUUCCCAGCUUGUGGAUGGAGAAUCCCUAUAUGUUCGACGCUUGGCUUCUCAAGGUGUUCGGGGCCUUCGAAUACGGCGAUCACCGCAAUAGCUCUGGGAAGUACUCGACCUUUGCGGAGCUGGACAGCAUCGAAGACCCGGCGAUGGGCGAGUACGCAGUGCAGGAAGAGAAAGAGAGAAAGGAGCGCUUCAGCAAGGCUAUCGCUUGCUUCAAGAAGUGGACGGCCACCCAGGCUUGGCCUCCGUUCAUCAAACCCGCCGAUAUCGUUGCCAUCCCGCUCAGGUGCCGCGAAAAGGUUGAGGAGCGUCGCGUCCCAGCUUGGAAAUUUCCUGCGGCCGCGUCUGCGUCCGUUGCUCUCCAGCCUGCCGUCGCUCUCGCGGUGCGUCCUACAACGAUGCUUGAAGAUAGAAUCCGGUGA